AGUAAAUCUUUCUUUUGUACAAUCACAAUCAAGUCUUCUUAAAAUAGAUCAUAAAUUCGUGUGAAGAACGUUACGAAACGGAACAACAGUUAACAAUACGCAGCAUUUCGGAGAUUCGGAGUCUGACCAAAACGAACGGGAUUACCAUAACCGAAACAAUGAAUUCCAUCUAUGUCGUCUGUCUUCUCAUCGCAUCGAUUGCAUCGAUCCACGAAACAUUUGGUUUGCAGCUAUCUAUGGUAGCCUCGAGGACUCCUCUAAAGAAUUCGCGCGGAAAAACCCUGCAACAAAAGAUACCCUUUUCGAGCGGCACUGCCACCACUAAUAGAGUACCCUCGUCCUCGUCAUCCAGUGUUACUUCGACACUGAUAUCGACAUUGGCAUGCAUGGCACUGAAAAAAAGGCUGGUGGAUCAGACGCACGUCUCCUGUGAUUUGACGGCAGAAUCAAACAAUCUGUUGUUUGGUCGGGUUGGUCCCGUAACAGUCAGGGGGCGCGGGUGGCAGAGUCCCCUUGGCCUGACCUGCAGAGCAAUCGAAGCAACCGUGAAUGAAUGCACCCUUGAUAUGGGGAGGGUAGUCACGAAUCAAAAGCUGGUGUUAACCACCCCAGGUGCGUUCCGUUUCGAAAUUAUGGUUCCUGCUACAGUUGGAUUGUUUUGUUUUGCCACGCUACAUGAGUCAUACUCUAUGUAGACGAGAAUACAAGCUAAUACAUUUUUCGCUCUUUAUAUGUACAUUGCACAACACAUUUUCAAACAAAGCAGCGGAGGGACAAGCCAUGGUUGCUCUCUCCGCUACAGACUUCGGUAACUUCAUUACGCACCCAUUAAUGAAACCACCGAGUCCACCCGUGAACAGCGACAGAAGCAAUAGUAGACUAGUAUUUCAAAAAGAAAACGUCUCUAUCAACCCUUCAACGGGGCUGAUAAUAUUUUACGGGACUUAUGCUGGUUCAGAAUGGAAAUUUGAGCUGCAAAGAAACACACGAGGUGCGGAAAAAGCGAAGAUAGAUGCUACUCUUGUCGAAUCCAGGGGAACAGAUGAAAGGGAUGUUGACGUCGAUGCCAUGGAAAAAUCACUUGCUUUGACUACUUCCAAAUUUUUCAACGACAUGGUCUUUGAGUUGGAUGGUACUUUUCUAUCGUUUGAAGACAUGAUGCUGACAGAUAAGGGACGAGAGUCCAGCGUAAUGCUCUCACUGAGGAUAAAGGUCAAGAAGUUUCCUUCUCCAGGACUCGAAUUCUGAUUAUUCCAUAAAAUAAACGCUACGGA